AGCCCUGCAGUUCGAACAAUUCAAUUCGAAUUACGAUUCUUGGUUAGAUUAAUCUUUCCUGAUGUUUCCCUUGUCACUCAAUUAAUUUCAAAGUCAUUGUCAAAAUUAACGGUUGUGGAAAGUCCUCAAUUUUUCGGCGAGUUAUCUAAAAACCCAUAGUGCAGAAUGUCUCUCGAGAAUCAGAACCCGAUCGAAUCGAAAUCCCUCAAACGUACCAGGGCACCCAAAGACGUAGAUUUUUGCAAAAUCGGCGGACUUCAAAGACACAUCAAAACUUUGCGCGAAGUCGUGAUAUUCCCGCUACUCCACGGCAACGUAUUCUCCCAUUUUAACAUUAAACCGCCCAGGGGAGUACUGUUUCACGGUCCGCCCGGUACCGGCAAGACUUUGGCGGCUGCAGCUCUCGCGACAGAGCUUAACAAAGAAGGAGUCGGAAAAGUAUCGUUCUUUCAGAGAAAAGGGGCUGAUAUUUUAGAUAAAUGGGUCGGGGGAUCUGAGAAAAACUUGCGCGAUCUCUUUGAAAAGGCUGCAAAAUCAAGGCCUGCGAUUAUCUUUUUCGACGAAUUAGAUGGUUUAGCUCCAGUUAGGCAGAAGCAAAAUGAUCAAGUUCACGCGAGCAUCGUGGCUACCCUCUUAGCUCUAAUGGACGGGCUAGAUAACAAACCGGGCCUUAUAGUCAUCGGAGCCACAAAUAGAAUAGAAGCUAUCGAUCCGGCAUUAAGGAGGCCUGGCAGGUUUGAUAAGGAACUGUAUUUUCCACUGCCGGGUGCCGCGGCACGAACAGAGAUCCUUCAGGUCCAUACGGCCUCCUGGAAACACAAACCCAGUCCCGCUCUCUUGGCUUGCUUGGUAGAGUCAACUUCGGGAUUCAGCGGAGCUGAUCUCCAAGCAUUGUGCUACGAUGCCAUCUUAAGAUGCAUGAAGAGAAUCUACCCGUGUUUAAAGGGUAUCAAAAUCGAUCCUGACUUGCUAAAAAUCGGGGAUUGCGACUUCGUAGAUGCCAGACUCUGCAUAAUGCCCUCUGCGCUCAGAGAUAACCGACACGCUAGGAAUUUAAGUCCAAUUGUCAGGCCGCUUCUAGAAGGCGAGUUGGAGAAAAUUAUGUACUGCAUCCGCUCUAUAUGGCCGCAUUUUCUCCAGGAAAAUUUCGAAUAUGUGGUUAAUGAAGGCAGGUACGCGGGAAGAUUAUUGCUAGUGGGUGCCAACCGUCAAGGUUUAAACGCCCAUUUGGUUCCAGCCGUGCUGCAGAAUUUGGAGUACUUACCCGUGUUUGCUUACGAUGCAACGAAAUUAUUUAAAAUUGACCUGAAUUCGGGAGUACCACGAAACUGUCCGUCGAUUAUCUUGCUGUCCAGAGUGGACGAAUGGUGGAAUCUUAUAACGGAAUGUGAACAAUUGAAUAUUUUGUCGGCGUUGGAUAACAUUCACGCUGGCCUACCGAUCUUAGUUAUUGCUACAUGCAGACUUGAUGUACCUACAGUGCUCAACGAUUUCUUUUACAACAACAGCAGCGUGUCCCUGAAAAUCGACGACCCCACAGACGAGGACAGGCUAAGGUUCUUUAAGCCGCUCUUCUUCGACAGCGGCAUCAUCGCUAGUCUUCACGACGUCUUGGAAAAUUCCAAGAAAAGCGACCCCCCAGCGGAAAAGCCCUCCGCAAGCAGAAAACGGAAAAUUCAAACUGACGACGAUAAUCGGAUAACCACCAGGGGUAGCAAACGCAAAAGGGAGUCGGCCAAAUACGACGCGACUCAAAGGAAGGAGGACAAAGAGAAUUUGAUCAGGUCUAGCAGCGUCGGUAACGUGGACGACAUGCGCAAACAACAGGAAGAUAAGAGCAAGGGCGUGAGGCCCAUCAAGUCCGAGAGUCUUCAUUUUCUAAGUUCGGGCCGAAAUGGGAACUACUUCUGUCGCAUUUUGUCGGAACUUCUGAGGCAGCGUGACGCGCGAAACAAUGGCGUGACGUCAGUGAAGGACAAGCCCCUCGAUAGAAUAACCAAAGCGUCACGACAAGUUGCCACAAGUAACGUGGAUGAUCGCUGCUUGGAAUGCCGCAAAUCUGGAGACGCACACAUGCGGCAAAUCUACGAUUUGUGGAGACGCGUUUCCCUGGAAACCUCGAAAAAUAUGGCAGUCGCGCAGCUGGAGCUCCUUUAUGACGUCAUUGCCGCAUGCAUAGGCGUUGACUGGAGUUCUUUCGAAGUUCUUAUUAAGAACUUGGAGAGUAUUCUCGAAAAUAUGGAAACCUCCAGCAAGCCGAUCGAAUCAUAAACCUCGUGCUUGUUUGCCUUACCUGACGUUGACGUUCUUCACCUGUUUUGUCCACAUAAAUAAGAAUUAAAAUUGUAAUAAUACUCGGCCUUUUAUGGAAAACAUUAUUGCUCUUUAGAGGAUGCAGAUCUAUAAUCGACCAGAGCCGAUUCCCAUUAACAUACUACAGAAACCCAGAUGCAUUUUAAUGAGCACCAGCAUAUGUAAAAGUAAUGACAAAUAAAUUUUGAUAAAUAGCUUCUCGAUUACCCUCAUUAAGAUUUAUUAAAAAAU